CAUCGCCAAUGUCACUGGAAGAAUGAUUUGGCUAUUUUCUGGAAUUAGGGUUUUGGCCGAAGCCUCCACUUCUAUUUGGUCCAAAUCACUGGCCGAAACGACACAGCUCUCCUUCAGCUUGCAAACUUUAAAGCUUUACGCAGGCUACACAGUCAUACUAGUAAGCCUAGCAGCAGCUGAAGAUCUCAAUUUCACCUACAAUGGUUUCCUGUCUGCUAAUCUUAGCCUAGAUGGUGUAGCCCAAGUCACAUCCAAUGGCCUUCUGAAGCUUACAAAUGACACUGGACUCGGCCAUGCCUUCUACCCCAACCCAGUAACCUUCAAGAACUCAUCCAAUGCUACCGCUUUCUCCUUCUCUACCACUUUUGUGUUCGCUAUCAGAUCUGGAUUGGGACCACGUUUGGGUGGCCAUGGAAUUGCCUUUGUCAUUGCUCCGACAAGAGGGCUCCCCGGAGGUUUUCCAAACCAGUACCUGGGCGUUUUCAAUGAAACCAACAACAGCAACGCCAACAACCAUAUUUUUGCUGUAGAGCUUGACCCCGUACAGAACCCCGAGUUUGGCGACAUCAACGACAACCAUGUUGGGAUUGAUAUCAAUGAUUUGCGCUCAGUGAACUCAACUCCAGUGGGAUAUCAUGCUCUAAACAAUGGCGGUUUCCGAAACUUGACCCUCAUCAGUGGUCAACCAAUGAAGUUUUGGGUGGAAUAUGAUGGUAUCCAGAAGCAAAUCAAUGUCACUUUGGGUCCAAUCAAUGUUGAUAAACCCCAUAUUCCACUCUUGUCUUUGAAGUAUGACCUUUCCACGGUCCUUAACACGAACAUGUAUGUUGGCUUCUCCUCUGCUGCUGGCUCACUCGUCACAUCUCAUUAUGUUCUAGGUUGGAGCUUUGAGAUGAAUGGCCAGGCUCCAGAACUUGUUCUAUCACAACUUCCUAAGCUGCCCCGGAUAGGAGGUAAAAAAAUAUCUAAUUUUUUGACCGUUGGUGUGCCUGUAAUGUCUGUGAGUUUGGUUUUGCUAGCAAUUUCAAGUUUAAUUUAUGCUAUAAGAGGGAAGAAGAAGUUUGCAGAGCUGCUUGAAGAUUGGGAGCUUGAGUAUGGGCCUCAAAGGUUUAAAUACAAAGAGUUAUAUAUGGCAACAAAAGGGUUUAGGGAGAAGGAGCUUUUGGGAAGUGGGGGAUUUGGUAAGGUCUAUAAAGGCAUAUUACCUUCCUCCAAAACUGAGAUUGCAGUGAAGAGGGUCUCACAUGAAUCAAGACAGGGGAUGAAGGAGUUUGUUGCAGAAAUUAUUAGCAUUGGCAGACUUCGUCACCGAAAUUUAGUACCACUGUUGGGAUAUUGCAGAAGAAAAGGGGAGCUGCUCUUGGUCUAUGACUACAUGCCUAAUGGAAGCCUGGACAAAUACCUAUACGACCAACCAGCGGUCACUCUCAAUUGGAGCCAGAGGUUCAGAGUGAUCAAAGGUGUGGCUUCAGGGUUGUUCUAUCUCCAUGAAGAAUGGGAACAAGUUGUGGUUCACAGAGAUGUGAAGGCCAGUAACAUAUUACUAGAUUCAGAAUUUAAUGCAAGACUAGGAGAUUUUGGCCUUGCUAGAUUAUAUGACCACGGAAAGGACCCUAAGACUACUCGUAUAGUUGGAACACUUGGGUAUCUAGCUCCGGAGCAUGCAAGAUUAGGCAGGGCCACAACACACACCGAUGUGUUUUCUUUUGGGGCAUUUUUGCUUGAAGUUGCCUGUGGAAGAAGGCCAAUAGAGACACAAGGUCAAGAUCUGGAUGUGGUUCUGGUUGAUUUGGUGUUUUCUUGUUGGAAGAGAAGUAAUAUUCUUGAGGCAAUAGAUCUAAACUUGGGUUCAGAAUUCGUAGCUGAGGAGGUGGAAUUGGUGUUGAAGCUUGGGCUGUUGUGCUCUCAUUCAGAGCCUUCUGCUCGGCCAAGCAUGCGCCAAGUAGUGCAUUAUUUAGAGGGUGACAUUCCACUGCCGGAGUUGUCAUCUCUUGGUCUUUCUUCUGGUGGCUUGAAGUUCACACACCGCGAAGGUUUUGAUGAUUCGGCAACAUCAUAUCCGUCUUCUAUGGGCAAGGAGAUGUCAUAUGUUCCAGAGUCGGCACUUCUCUCAGGUGGUCGCUGAGGCCAAUCAAUUUA